CAUCCGUCGUUGGAACUGUGAAAAACCACCCGUGAUUUUGGAUAAUUUUUAAAUAUUCUGCGUUAAUUAAUGUGGUUAAUUUAGUGAACUAUAUUACCUACUGACAUUUGAUAAAACGAAGAACGGAUUUAAAAAUAAUAAACAGAAAAAUGUUUAUAUACUGGCCAAAUUAAAAAAAAGUGCAUUUAAAAUUGUGUAAUGUUCUAAAUUUGAAAAUAAUUUAACAAUUGUGAUAAAUGUUUUAGUUUAAAGUGAGAAUGGGUGAAUAUAUAAGAUUAUUGUUGCAAAAUAAACAGCAAUUGCUCAUCACGGUGUGUAUAUACUUCGGCCCGCUCCUAUAUGGCUAUGCCCUGGGCUGGUCAGCACCCAUCCUCAUGAAACUAGAAGACAGGGAGCGGACGCCUUUGUCUCAUGAUGUUUCGGACACACUGAUAGGUUUCGUACCAACUGCUUUAUUCAUUGGGCAAUUUUUCGGGCCGUUCAUGAUUAUUAACCUGUCAAACAGCAAAGGUCGUAAACCGUGUUUGCUCCUCAGUACUGCCGCCAUGUGCAUAGCCUACAUCUUACUGACUUCAGCCACACAUAUAACGACUAUCAUAAUAGGCAGGAUUAUAUGUGGUCUUGGCACUUCUAUGGCUAACGUAUUGAGUUCAGUAUACAUUGGUGAAAUUGCAUCUACAAAUAUUCGUGGUAUACUUCUGAACGGAUCUGGUUUAUUCCUCACGUUUGGUUGUUUACUCGUCUACUCUGUGGGUCCUUUCGUGCCCUAUUACGCCGUCUCUCUUCUAGGACUGGUCAUUUCUUUGGCACAGUUCGUUUGUAUUUAUUAUUUCGUUCCUGAAUCUCCUAUAUUUCAUGCUAUGAAUGGAAUGGAGAAAGAAGCAGCUGAUACACUAGAAAAACUAAAUAGACGUGAAGACAUAGAUCUCUUUUUAACUAGAGCUAAAGAACAAGCUAAGCUAGACUCACAUCUUAAAGAGCUAUUUUCUGUUAAAUGCAAUAGAAGAGCAUUCUUUAUAACUACGCCUUUAGGAGUCCUGCUACAGCUUAGUGGAGUAAUAGUUGUUACAUUUUAUGCUACGACGAUAUUUGAUAUAGCAGGAUCUAGUAUAGAACCGCAUAUAGCUACAAUAUUAAUUGGAUUGACGCAGUUUCUGUCCAGUGCUAUUUGUCCAACAUUUGUUGAACUUGGUGGGAGGAAAGUGUUGAUGAUGGUUUCUACAAGCAUAUGCAGUGUAAGCUUGGCUGCUUUUGGAGUAUUUUUCUACUUGAGCUGGAUAAGUCACCCAGUCGUGGACAGCAUACGUUGGCUGCCUUUGUUAUCACUGAUUGUGUUUUUCAUUGGACUUGACACAGGUUUUGGCAUAAUUCCCAUGACUCUUCCAGGAGAGAUGUUCAGUCCAAGCGUGCGAACGAUAGGCACAAUCAUCGGCUUCCAAACUGCAAUAGCAUUCGGCCUUCUCCUGUCAGCCAUCUUCCCAUAUAUGCUGUACGAUAUGGGAGCUCAUUAUACCUUCUGGAUCUUCUCAUUCGUCUGCGCUUUCAGUUGUUUUUACACCGCCAUGUUUGUCCCUGAAACUAAGGGGAAGUCCCUGUUUGAGAUUCAGGAGAUAUUAAGUCGGUAAUUUGUUUUUCAAUACACUUACUGUUUAUGACUUAAAAUAUGUUUACAAAUAUCUUAAGUAAUAUGAGACAUCCGCGCGUGAAUUUAUCAGUCAUUCCAUUUCAAAAUUCCACCUCGUAUAAUUUAUCAACUUUAUCUCACUUGUAUCAUGUCAAAUGCGAACUAUGCAUAUAAUAAAAAUACAAACACAAUUAAUGUAAUGAUAUCUUCUCUCCCUGUUUGUCCUCAAAAAGAAAAGUAAUUAAUGUUGCGAACUAAAACGGGUUAUUCAGUA